GGACCCAACGUAGCUGAUUUGGUUUACGUUGUUGUACACAAACGACGCUUUACCUCCGCAGUCAGUCGCUUGCCGAUCGUCAGUGGAGGAUCAGGUUUUUUUGAAGAUGUCUGAAGUUUUCAAACUGGGUGAUUUGGUUUGGGCAAAGAUGAAGGGAUUCUCGCCGUGGCCCGGUCGGGUCUCCAAUCCUUCCAAGGACUUAAAGAAACCAGCAAAUGCUAAGAAGGGUCCAGUUCAAUGCAUAUUUUUUUUUGGAACAAAUAACUACGCAUGGAUUGAGGAGUCUAAUAUUAAACCUUAUCACGAAUAUAAGGAUACCCUGAUCAAAUCUAGCAAGUCUGGUGCAUUCAAAGAUGCUGUCGAAGCUAUAGAAGAGUUUAUUUCUAAAGGAGAGAUAUUCGAGGAUGGCUUGGAUCCAGAUUCUCUGUUUGAUAGAUUAAAGGAAGACACAAUAUCAAUGGAAAAGAAAACUACAAAAACACCGAAACCACGCAAGGAAACUCCAAAGGCAAAGAGACUAGAUAGCGAGGGAGGUGGUGACGGCCGGCGUCCUGCAAAGAAGCAGAGGAGGGAAUCGAGCACGAGUAACAGCAAUCGCGCCAGCAGCAUCAGCCCGGCUCUGAAUCACACGACGCCGCCGCGAAAGUCGGGAUCUACUCUACUGAACAGGCCGGCCAACAUCGCACGACCUGUAACUCCGCCGCUCGAUGUCGAGACGCUUUCACAAACUCUUAAGGAGAAAAACAUCCUUCCUUCGACAUUGAAAUUUGGCUUCUUGGGUCUCGGCAUCAUGGGCAGUGGUAUCGUCAAGAACCUCAUCAACAGCGGGCACAGUGUAAUCGUCUGGAAUCGGACGCAAGAGAAGUGCACGCACUUCGUUAAGGCGGGUGCAGAACAGGGUCUCACCCCAUCCGACGUAGUCCUGGCGGCGGACAUCACCUUCUCCUGCGUAGCCGAUCCGCAAGCCGCAAAAGACAUGGUCUUCGGGAACUGCGGAGUUCUCAUGGAGAUAUCACCCGAUAAAGGCUACGUGGAGAUGACAGGAAUCGACGCGGAGACCUCCCAGGACAUCGCCGAAGCGAUAAAUGCAAAAGGUGGGCGCUAUCUCGAAGCGCAGGUCCAGGGCAGCAAGACACAGGCGCAGGAGGGCACUUUGGUUAUUCUGGCAGCUGGGGAUCGGUCUCUCUUCGACGAAUGUCAAUCAUGUUUCGAAGCCAUGGGCAAGAACAGCUUCUAUUUAGGCGAGGUUGGCAAUGCGUCCAAAAUGAACCUGGUUCUGCAGCUGAUGGCUGGCGUCACUCUGGCUGGUCUUGCGGAGAGCAUGGCUCUCGCCGAUCGAGCAGGACUUCAGCAAAAGGACGUACUCGAAGUAUUGGAGUUGACGUCCCUGGCUUGUCCCGCGAUUCUCGAUAAGGGUAAAGCUAUCAUAGAAGGAGGCUUCCCGACGCAGCUACCUCUCCAGCACAUGCAGAAAGACCUAAGACUGUCGCUCGGCAUGAGCGACCAGCUGGAGCAACCACUGCCAUUGGCUGCUGCAGCGAACGAGGUCUAUAAGCACGCGAAGCGCUUGGGAUAUGGCGAGCACGACGCGUCGGCCGUUUACAUCAGAGCCAGAUUCUAACGAGCUGUGCUCUGCCACUAUCGGGCCUUUUACUAUAUCAUAUUUAUUGCAAUACCUGCCGUCGUCUUCAGGCGCUACAAUUCCAAGCACGAACGCGAACACACGAGGACAGUGACGACGACCACGACCGGACGUUCAAAUUUUUGAUCGUUAGUAGAAGCAAAAAGAAGGCAAGCAGAAGAGGAACUAAAGGAAAGAGCUGCACGUGUUUUUCCGGUGCAAUUAUAUAUAGAACAGAGCAAAGAAAGAUUCUGCGAUGGCUUAUAAUAUGCGGGGUAUGUUUCACCUUUACCAAUAGGCGCUCCUUCGAUAAUGUCAAAGAGCCCUGGAAGAGUAAUUUUACAAGCCGAGCGUCCGGUUGAUCAGCGAUAACUGGUAUUUGGGUGGUAUGAGAACGAUAGAUAUAUGCCGCAUGAAAAUGAUGGCUGGCCACGGUGGCUGCUGUGAUAGCAGUUCGCCGAACCGAUAAUCAACAACAGGACUGUAUGGACCCCCCCCCCUCACUUUAGCGAAAGAAAAAAAUUUCAAUAUUGACCUAGCAUGUUCAAGACUCAUUUCCCACUACGGUAUGGUAGGGUCAAAUGUAGACUAUAAGGAUGGUCAAAAAUGAAAUACAAAACGAACUGUAAUGGAGGACAAGAACGAAACAAUAUGUAUGUGCUUUAUCGCAUCAUUGGAAAUGAGUAUAACGACAAAAAAAAUAAACGUCUCUUCUGGAAUUGAGGCAUGCAUUUUUACAAGGACACUAAUUUAAAGCUACUGGACAUUUUUUCAGUUUUUUUUUUUUGAUCGUAUUUGACAUAAGCAUACGUGUUAACGGUUAAUGGGAAUUGUGUAUCUUAUUAAUUCGAGUCGAUCGAAGCAAAAGUAAUUCGCUCGUAAAAGUCGAAUUAUGUGCCCUCCAAAUGGCACUUUUACCUAAAUUAAUCAUUGUUAGAGAGAGAGAGAGAGAAAUCUAUAAUAGAGUGUACAAGACCAGAUAAUGUAUAUGAGAUAAGCAGUCGUCGCUAUCUUUGAAAUCGAUGCUCGUAGCACCCUUCGAUUUAUUUCAAAAUGAUUUUAAAAAGCCUCGAACCUUUUCAACAUCGAUCGAAAUUCAAUUUCGGAACGUACCCUUAAUUGAAAUUUUACUUUCUGUUCAGCCGCAAUAUCUAUCCGAGAUGCUCUUCGUUAUGUCAGCUCCGAUCUCUUUGAUUGUUGAUUCACUUGUAGACGAGAGUUGCCUAUUUUUAUGUAAUAGAUAUAAACUAUCUAAUAGUUUUGCGUAGGGGAAUAUCCUAGGUGUAGAAUAUAAAGCAAGGCGAAAGUUUCGAUAAAACAGAAGUCGUGAAAAUUCACCUAUAAGUUUUACAUGUCAAAAGAUAUCCUGGAUUUGUUGCCGUUGCUGUUACUACUGCUAUUACUACUACUACUACUAUUAUUACUAUUACUACUACUGCUACUGUUACUACUAUCGCUACUGCUACUACUUGAAAUACUUUUUCGACUCUGUGAAUGGUACUAGGUCGGAUUGGGUACACCCUGUUGACAAAAGACACCGAGCAAAAGAAUCGACGCGGGAUAAGAUAUCAUAACAUAGAUGUAGUCGGCUCGCAACGCGAGUUCCACUUUCAGGGGCCAUCUUCCCGCGGAUUAGACUGUAAAGAAGUCCCCCUGUCAGCGCAACCGAUGUCGCGAUUCAUCUAUACACAUAAAAUAGCAUAACAUCAGAACGGCUAUUGGCUACAGGCCAUAUCAUAUUCUAUGUAACUAGACGUAUAUGAAUAACACAGUUAUAGUUUUUAGUUACAAUAAUAAUUGUACACAUAAGAAAAAUCAAUUGAACCAUUAAUAAUACUAUAUGAGACACAGGCAUAUAAAUAUGUAGCUAUACAAAGGAAAAAGGAAUAAAGGAGAAGCAGAGUAUGUGUGUGGGCCGAGUGCACAUACGUACGUUGCAUCCGCGAUACGUGUUAUAUGUUUUGUCACGAAAUACUGGUUUUUGAAUAAAUACAUAUUUGAAUUA